GGUGAGAAGGUGGGUGUGGGGGCUCAGGGCGACUCAGGUGUGCUGCUACAUAGGGAAUACGGCAGCCUGUCGUCACUGGAGAGACAGACUCAAGCCCAGGAGCCAAGCACAGAUGACCAGGGGCCCCUGAGUCCAAAUGCCCUCCGCUUCAAAGAUCCUUUCCUACUUUUAGGACUGCAGGGCAACCCUCCGGAGCCUGAUGGAUUCUUUCGGGGUCUCUCUGUUUCCACAGGGGACUCCCCAAAACCUGCCAAGCCGCCGAAGCCUGAAGGUCUAAGUAAGAAAACCAAGCCUGGGCCCCCUCAGAUCCCCCAACCAGGUCCGUAUGACAACCUCGGGGGCGGAGCCUGGGUGAGGAACUUUGCCCACUACGAUGUUCAGAGCAUCCUGUUUGACCUCACCGAGGCAGCCACCAACAGAGACAGCAUUGGGCGGAAAAAGAAUAUCACCUCAGGGGCUUCAGCCGCCUCCCAGCUGCGCCCCCUCUCCCAGGCCGCUCCCUCCUCACCUGCACAGGGCGGGGGAGGCAACGGGGUCAACGCAGAUGACCCUGAGCAGUCGCUGCUGCUGGACGAGGGGGAUGGCAAUGAUAAUGAACUCCUGCUCAGCUGCCCCCACUUCCGCAACGAGACCGGGGGAGAAGAGCAGGUGGGUCUGGGUCGAUCCCAGGGCCGACGGGGACUCUGGUCCAGCCUGCGAACCCCCAACGAUGCCGUGUCAGUCCUGGAGGAGCCCAGAGAGAGUCACGUCCAGCAGCAGGGCAAAAGCAACUACUUUAUAGAGCAUGCAGAUCUGGGAGCCCAUUACUAUCGCAAGUACUUCUACAUGAAAGAACACCAGAAUUUCUUCGGCAUGGACGAUCGCCUCGGUCCAGUGGCCAUCAGUUUCCGUCGAGAGGAGAAAGAAGGAUCCAGUGGAGCUCAGUACAAUUACAGAAUCAUCUUUCGCACCACAGAGAUGAAGACACUGCGAGGUUCCAUCUUGGAGGAGUCAGUGCCCUCUGCUGCUCGUCACACGACCCCCAGAGGCUUGUCUCCCAAGAGGCUGCUGGAGUUCAUCAUGCCUGAGUUGAACCUGCACUGCCUUCGCUUGGCCUCAAACUCCCCCAAGGUCCGGGACACCCUGCUGAAGCUGGACGAACAGGGGCUGAAUUUCCAGCGAAAGGUCGGGGUGAUGUACUGUCGGGCCGGACAGAGCUCAGAGGAAGAUAUGUACAACAACGAGAGCUCCGGGCCAGCGUUUGAGGAGUUCCUGGAUCUGCUCGGGGAGCGGGUGCGGCUGAAGGGCUGGGAGAAAUACAGAGCUCAGCUGGACAACAAGACGGACUCAACUGGGACACAUUCCCUAUACACACGCUACCAGGACUACGAGAUUAUGUUUCAUGUGUCCACUAUGCUGCCCUACACAGCCAACAACACACAACAGCUGCUGAGGAAGCGACAUAUCGGAAACGACAUUGUGACGAUCGUUUUCCAGGAGCCAGGCGCACUGCCCUUCACUCCGAAGUCCAUCCGCUCCCAUUUCCAACACGUCUUCAUCAUCGUUCAGGUUCAUGAGCCCUGCACUGACAACACCUAUUACAGGGUGGCUGUGACACGCUCUAAAGACAUGCCAUUAUUUGGCCCAUUGUUUCCUAAGGGCGCCCGAUUCCCUCGCACGCCUGCCUUCAGAGACUUCCUCCUAGCGAAAGCAGUGAACGCUGAAAACGCUGCGGAGAAGUCCGAGAAGUUCCGCUCCAUGGCCACUCGCACGCGGCAGGAAUAUCUGAAGGACCUGGCCGAAAACUAUGUGACCACAACACCCAUCGACUCCUCCACCAAGUUCCCCCUGCUCUCUCUGGGAGGCAAGCGCAAAGACAAACUGAAGGGCACCAAAGGUGCCGAGCUGCACAGUGCCGGGGCGCUGGUGUGGGCGGUGAUGGUCUACAGCAGAGAUGAAGGGGAGGCAGGAGAGCUCAAGCUCCCCUGUCUGCUCGGGGUGUCAGCCGAGUCGGUGGUGCUCAUUGAGAGGUACACACGCAGGGUGGUGUUUAACUGCUCCUGCCGAGACGUCAUUGGCUGGAAAGCAGUGACAGAGACUAAGGAGGGGGGGCCUUGCUUGGAUAUCUUCUAUGAGCGUGGGGAGUCAGUUUCUAUCUGUGUGAUGGAGAGCCAGGUGGAGGAUAUACGAGAGGUGGUGCAGAGGCUAGAGCUGGUUACGCGGGGUUGUGAGGCGCUGGAGGUCACCCCCCUGCGUGAUGGUGUCGGCCAGCCGGGCUUCCUGAUGAACGAGGAGGGCUUUGUGACCGAGCUGCAGCGGUUCUGCUAUGCUGAGAGCGGAGGCCUGCAGCUGUGGGCUCGUGUGGUGCGGCUGUGCGGACACUCGCUGGUUCACCUGAGCCCCGAGGAGAGGACCAGGCUGCUGCGCACUGCGCACAAGAUCCACAUCACUGUCAUCCCACCGGACGAGAACGGCAAGCCUCGCAGAAGUUUCUCCGAGCUGUACCAGAAAGCCAUCAAGGAUGCAGAGUGUAAGCCUGGCGAAGAUCAGUCAGGAGAGGCCUGGGUGCUGGACGAGCGGGAAGAAGAGGAGGAGGAUGAGGAGGAGGAGGCGAAGGAGGACGAGCUGAAGGCGGGUGGGGUUAGUGAAGCGGACAUAAUGGAGGUGCAGAUGGAGGCCGAAGAGGGCGAAGAGCAGUCGUGUGAUAAAGGGCAAAGCGAGAGAAGUCAUGAAUCGCUCCUCACGACGCCCAGCUUACCUUUGUUACGGGCCACUUCUCUGCAGGACCAACCAGCCAAUCAGAGUCCGGAGGGCAGCGCCUCGCAGCUCACACGCAGCUACUCAUUGGAGAGACAGCCGUCCUACAGGGAUACGUGUGAUGGACACAUGUACGACAACGUGGCACUGAAGGUUGAGCACCACAUCUAUGAAAACGUCGGGGAGCUGAGAGACGCCACACCUGAUCUGAUCCUGGCUGUCAAACCCAAGGUUCCCCUGGAGGACGAACAGUUCAUGGGGGCUGAUUUUGGCGAUGACAAAGCCUCAGCGAGUGACUCCUCUCUCUCGUCUUCCCGGUUGUCAUGUGUAGACCGAGAUGAAAGAAAUUCACGAGCCCUAAGUCUUCAUAACUCCAUCACCAAGAUUCUCUCAGAGACAACAGACUCUACUGAGGAGGAGUGGCAGUCCAUCGCCGACCUGGCCACAGCCUGCCGCAGCAUCCUGGAGGCUUUGUCACGAGAGGACCGCAAAGCCGGAGACCCUGCAGGGGCUGACCAGACCGAUGGCAAGCUGAAAGACUCAAAGGAGAGUGACUCUCCAGGCCACCUAGAGGAGAAGGUAUCGCAGCUGGAGGCCAUGUUGAAGAAGCUGCAGGAUGACCUGCAAAAGGAGAAGGAGGACAAGGCGGUGCUGCAGGCCGAGGUGCAGAGCCUCAGGCAGAACAAUCAGCGGCUGCAGGAGGAGUCGCAGAGCACAGUGGCCCGCCUCAUCAAAGUCACCGAGCUGCUGUGCAACGUCAACAAGCCCUGUUAGCUUCACCACUGCACGCACAAACACACAAAUCAGCGGAAAGAUGCAAAUCGUGCAAUGUCCCCGUACGCUCAGUACACUUAUUUUGUUCAUACUUAUUUGCAAAAGCAAACACACACACCUAUCCUCUUCAAACUGUGUAUUACCACAGUCUCUGUCCUGAAUCCUGGACCUGCCUGUUGGUGAGGG